AUGUCUUCUCAAGUUGAUCGCCGUGUAAUGAAAAACGCAGAAAAUUCUUAUCAAGAAAACAUGCUCGAACCAGAUAUAUCAAUCCCAGUGCAUUUAUUGGGGACGUUCAUAUCCGUUAUAACUUCCAUUGCUUGUUUUAAGUCCGCCAUCGAUACCAUAAUAUGGGCUGGUGUUCUAUCUAUGUGUUUUGGUUUAAUAAUGUUAAUUAAUCUUUUUCAUUGUGUAUACACACUCUUGAAUAAGAGACAAUUAUCAAAAAAUCAGAUACACAAUAAUCAACGUGAGAAUCGAUCAUCUGUUCAAGUGAAAUUAAAAUAUCUUCAUUUUUACAAGCAUUUUUUCUCUUGGUUUCGCCGUCAAGAUCACCAGGAAUUUGUGAUUUAA